GGACAGCAUUCCGCACAUGCGCUGUUCCCAUCUGAAGCUGGACAAGUGACAAACUUUGUGAAGUGUGCUCUCCACUUCGCCAAAUUUUUGGAUUAUUCACAAAUAGCCAUUUGACAGACAGACAGACAAAGAAAUGACCGAGAACGUGGCUGAACCUGCUCCCACGGAAGUGGAAAAAAGCUCAGAAAAAAUUGAUAUGUCUUUAGAUGACAUUAUUGAACUGAAUAAAAGGGAAACCGACUCUACAACAAAUACAUCCAUGAUGACGAGAGAACUGCAGAAAAGGCAACAGAAUUCUGGUUUUCGUAAGCUACGAUAUUAUUUUGGAAGAGAAGUGCAGCAAAAUGUACAAGGAUUCAAUAGACUAAGGAGAAAUAUUUCUGAACUGCAAGGGUACAGCAGAGUUAAUCGACGUUGGCUGACACAGGGUAAAAAUAUCACAGCAAGGUCAGGUGGAAGAAGACCUGUUGUCGCAACCAAAGGAGUGAGCCCUUUGAAUCGCAAAGCCAGUUUUCACCUGGAUUCACAACAAACUGCACCCACUAAGAAAGGAGUUCAAUGGAUCAUGCGGAGAAGAGCACAGCAGGCCCAGAAAAGAUUCAGGCUAAGAAGACAGAGGCCUCAAAUUCCAAAAAGAAGGAAUAUGUUCCAGAAUAGAGGGCCAAGCCAGCAGAGGAAACAACAAACCCAGAAGCAACAAAGACAAGCUAUAAUCAAAAUUAACAGAGGGUUCCCACCACUGGGUGUAGGAGAUGGGCAGAAGAAACAAAGAACUAGAAUGUGGCGACAGCAAUCCAGUUCCAACUCCAUCUUAACAGUAUCUGUACCCAACCAGCAAGCGGUUCAGAAACGAAGAAUCCAACACCCAACUUUGAAUGGAAGAAGAAGGAUGACAACAAAAGUAGUGAGGAAUCAACCAAAAGGAGUUUAUCUUGGGUUCAACUUUAAGAGUAUAGCCAACCAGACGAAUAUGACCCUGAAUGAUCGUUUCUCAUCCAUGAAGAUUUGUCGGCGUUCUGCAGUAUCAAGAAGAGGAGGCAGAACUGUCACUCUGGGCUAAUGUUUGCUUUAGCUGCUUUGCUUUUGGUGAAAAUAGGUUUAAAAAUGGACAAAGUAUAUUUAUUAUUAAGAAUGCUUUAAAAUAAACACUUUGCACUUUAAGUAGUUUAAAUGCACACAGAACAUCUCAAAUGUUGUCAGUGCACAUUGCUCUCACUUUUUUUCGCUAAUGUGCAGGCUACUCCUCUUAACUCAGUUGUUUUUGCACAAAUUAUCCAACUGUUUGAAUUAAGCAAUUGAAAUAAACCAGCAUAAGAAAGGUUAUUUUUUGCUUUAAAAUUGAAUUGAAAGGCAGAGUGUGGAGUCCUGUAAUUGUUAUGUAAAUAUGGCUCACAGAGCCAGGAGGUGAACUCUGUGUUAAUAGGGAGUGAAGGUCCAACUAUAACAGUGCAUUUGACAGUCAAAGAAAUAAGGUUUUGCUGUAUUGGAAGGGGUCAAGUAUAAAGAGAAGGUUACUUCAAGCAUUUAUUAAUGGCUGAGCUUCAGUCAGUGCUACAUCACAGACCGUGGAGUAUCAAAGACUGUUAUUUUAAAGCAUGCCAUGUUAUCAGAGCUGCUUGUGGAAGUGUGAAGGGGUUUAAUUGACAGAAUUUUGAUUUAAUGAAAAAGGCAGUAAUGGCUCUGAUCCCAGGCAUGUCAUAAAUGCUUCAAUUGGGAAAUGGGAAAAAUGCAUUAAAAUUGACAUUUUCUUUAAUCAAUAGGUGCUGUUAUUACCGAUGCAGGUCCAAUGUUCACUUAAUCCUGCAGGCACACAAAAUUUUGUGUCAUUACAUGCUGCUUCAGGUUCAUGAUAAGCUUUCUAUUAAUGUUAAAAUUAUUUAAUCAGGUAGGAGUUAGAGCUAACACCUGUUCUGACACAAUUAUUUUGUCCCACCAGAUUAAAAUGCAGCUAAUUGCCUGAACAGGUUUAGCAUAUUCAGACUAUAACAUAAGAGUAAAUACUGCUGCUUCUGAUUUUAUUCCGAAAGAUUAAAAGUAUGACUGGAACUUCUGUGAUGCCAGUCAUUGAUGUAUUAAAAUGAAAUGGCCAUCAAUUUGUGCAAAAUAAACUUCCUGGAUCUGUAUCAGGACAUGAAAGAAUCACUUUUCAUGGAUUUAUUUUUAAAGUAACUGUUGGUCAGGUUAAAUAGGAAUGGCUGUUUUGUUUCAGGGAAGGUGAAGUUGCCUUCGUCUCACCAGAGCAGAGGGCUACUCUCUCAUUACAAAGAGAUGGUUUAACCCAAGGGUCAUCACACCUCAGGCAAGGGGAGAGAUUGAGAAGGAGAGUUCUUCAUGGUAACCUCAGCUGGUGCAGGAUGUUGAACCCAUGCUGGUGGUUUCACUGUGCAUCCAGUGAACCAACUCGCACAAAAAAAAACGUGUUUUAAUCCAACAGUUUUUCUGUCUGCUUUGUAGAGCCAAAUAAGCAUAAAGUAUUUGUGGUGUACUGCAGUUUUGAAGAGAAUUGAACAAUAUGCAGGCUGUACCCUCCUGAAGAAAGAGGAACAGGAAAACAAAGACAGUUUUAAAACUUAAAAAGUACUAUUGUCUGAUAUGAUCAUGUAAACUUAAGUUAACAAAAAUAAAAAGACUUUCAUUGA